UGCUGUUACUAAGCAAAGGCAAACAUGGCGGAGGAGGAGACGGCGGCGUCGGAGAGUAAACCUCUGCUCGUCAGGUCCUCGAGUGUCAGUCUCUUCACCGACUGCGUCCAGCAAGGAGUGCAGCAGCUGCUGCCGCUCAAGUUCGAUAAGAACAUUAAGCAGGCUUUUUAUAACACGGGCGCGUUGAUAUUUGUGGCCAUCUCUUGCGGUGCAGCCGUGCUGGUUUACUUUAUCCUGGAGGCGUUUCUGCGGCCGCUGCUCUGGGCCGUACUUUGUGGUACCUUCCUACAUCCUUUCAAGACCACUCUCACUAACCUGGUAAGGAAGUGGCUGGAUGGCCUGCAGAAUUCCCACACGCCUAUCGUCUUGGGCACCCUCAUGCUGCCUAUUUCCUUCGUCAACCAAGGGGUGGAAACGUUGGGCAAUCAAGUAUUGCUGAACCGCAAAAUACUGCUUCUGUUAGCCAUGGGUGCGCCUGUUCUCUCUCUCCUCUACUGCUUCAGCACCUGGGUUGGACUGCGACUGCUGCUCACUGACACCGGACGCUUAAUCUCCUUGGGGUUGGAGUAUUUUAGUACGUUGUGGGUCUGGACUCUCGUUGUUGGAUAUGUAUUGGCAGUUUCAUUUAAGUGGAAUACAAAAACAGAGCGUUUUCUUAAAACAAUCUCUGUUCCAGUUUGGACAGUGCUUCUCUUUUACCUAGCAUCAAUUGCUGGAGCUUGGCAAAUUCCAGUUUUUGUGGUGAUCGUCAUUCUGCUGGUAAUGGGAGCAUUUCAGGAAGGGACAGGGGAUGGCACUGGUUUGGAGCUGCCAGGUCAUGUGAUUCAAAUGGUUUUAGGCACUGUUAAUAUGGCAGUAUCAAUGAUGGGAUUCUCGAGUCAUCAAGAGGAAAGUCCAGCAAAAAAAUUACCAGGGUCUGCUGAAUCUAGAGACUUCAGCUCCUCGUCAUCUGCCACCUCCUCUGCCUCCUCAACCUUGUUUACUCCAAUCAGAGUACCAAGGCCUGGAAUUGUGUCAUUUGCCAAAAAGAAGAAAACAAGUGCAAUCUACUUUGUGAUGCUUGUUUGGGCUAUUGCUAUAGUGCAGAUCUGGCUGAAUCUUUGGAUAUUGGAGCUGCUUCCUGUUCCUGUAGCUGUUUGGGGGCUUAAGAAAUUGGUCCUACGUUUUGGAUUAAUAAACUUUGCAGAGAGACACAUUAGUAGUUAUUGGAAGAUUCUAUCGGCCUUUGUUAAAGACAGACAAGAUGCUCUAGCUCCAGGACCCAUACGAGGACUUGGAAGAAUUGUUAUAAAAGCUGACAGUAAGCUGUGGCAUUGGCUUAAUAAGCAGAUUAUUUUUUGUCUGGAGAGAUCAUUGGAUAAGUUGAUCAGCGUUUUUAUCAUCUUUUUGUUGGUUAUGGGAACGUUACUUCUGGCUCUGCUCCUAACUGCAAAGGUUCAUGAGGAAAGUGUUCACAUCAUCAAAGUCACCAGCAAUCUGAUAAAUGAGACUGUUGCUAACCAUCCGGAAUGGGCAAACUGGCUACCUGAGGCCCAGGUGAUACAGAAGGCACUAAAUUCUGCUGCUAACAACGUCUACCAGUAUGGAAGAGAGUGGAUAACCCACAAGCUUCAUAAGAUGUUGGGAGACAAGGUGAACAAUACAACAGUUAUAGAGAAGCAAGUUCUGGAGCUCUGGGAUAGGUUAUAUCAAAAUUGGUUUGUAAAGAAUGUAACUCAUUCUGGAAGGCACAAGGGGCACAAAUACACUAUCAGUCGGCAGAAUAGUUGGCUUGGAGAUAUGUUAGACUGGCAAGAUGUUGUCUCCUUUAUUCAUGAGAACAUUGAGACAUUUCUUUCCAUACUGGAGUCUCUGUGGAUUGUGAUGAGCAGAAAUGUGAGUUUGCUGUUCACAACUGCCACCACCUUACUGACGGUUUUGUUUCACAGCGGUACAGCGCUCCUCAACUUCGCCCUUUCCUUGGUCAUUUUCUUGACCACACUAUUCUAUCUGUUAAGUUCAAAUGAUGAAUGCUACAAACCAGUGAAGUGGGUGAUUGGCCUGACACCACUUUCCCAGCCAGGCCCUUCUUCCAACAUUGUGGGGCAAUCUGUUGAAGAAGCUAUACGCGGUGUGUUUGAUGCUUCCCUCAAGAUGGCCGCUUUCUAUGGGCUUUACACCUGGUUGACUCAUACUGUAUUUGGAAUCAAUAUCGUCUUCAUUCCAUCAGCUCUAGCAGCUACUCUUGGAGCAGUCCCAUUUCUAGGAACUUAUUGGGCUGCAAUGCCUGCAGUGAUAGACCUCUGGUUGACACAAGGAGAGAACCUUAUGGCUAUCCUCCUUCUCGUUUGCCAUUUGCUACCAACCUAUUUUGUGGAUACAGCUAUUUAUUCUGAUAUUUCUGGGGGUGGUCACCCAUAUCUCACUGGUUUGGCAGUAGCAGGGGGAGCUUACUACCUCGGCCUAGAAGGUGCAAUCAUUGGACCUAUACUCUUGUGCAUCCUAGUAGUUGCCUCCAACAUAUACAGUGCUAUGUUGAUGAGUCCGUCAACUGCCUUACCGACUCCUUCCCAGACUCCUUGGCCAUUGCAAAUACAUCGGCCUUUUGGGGAUAGUGCUGAGGAAGUAAAGCCUUCUACUGAGUGACCAUGUGCGUUUCCUUUUAUUACUGAGAGGAGUGUUGGCUCUUCCAUCUGUCGCUUUCCUGCACUGUUCAGAGUUGUGGCCUUCCUGUACAUCCAAAGAUGAAUAUUGUAUUAGCUGCAAUUGGCAGGAAGAUGUCAUUCACACCAGAUGUGCAUAAGGAAUUUGCUUCACAAUAUUUUGCACAUAACUAUCAAGAACACAAUCCAGAGUUUAUCUUUGUAACUCCUGAACCUUAGUUUUCAUACGAUCUCCAGUUAUAGUUCUUUUGCUGUAUUUGAUGUGAAGAAAGGUUGAAAUGUAUUUUAAUUUUAUUCUUAUGUUCUAAGUGCUUGCUGCAAUUAUUUGCAGACUUAAGUUGUUUUAAAAACGGAAUGUUAUGCCGGGUGCUGAAGUAUUGAAAACAUUUUGUAUUGGUUUGUUUACUUUCAUUUCUAUAAAUGUUCAUAACGCCUUGAUAGAUGGGCGAAUGGCCUGAUUGAGCCUUAAAACUACUUAGCUGAAGUAGUCUUUAUAUCCUUCCCCUCAAAAAUUAAAAUGCAACACCUUUGUGAUUAAAAGUACACAAAUAAUAUAGAUACUUAAGUUACUAAAUCAUUCUCUAUUUUGAUAGCCUUUGAAUUAUUUCCCUCUUUGAUAUUCACUCCUUGGUUGCAUGCUUCCUGUUGUUUGAAGUUAUGCAGUGCUUCAGUUUAAUCUACAAUAAUGAUUUAUUUGAAGUUAUUGUAUAAUUCUAAGUUGAAGGGAGUGGGAUGAUGUAAAUAGGUUUUACCAGAGAUACUUAGGAUAUAGGACAGUACAGUGGGAUUUCAUGGUAUUUUUGCCAGCCAUUGGAAAUGCCUUUAAUUCCCAUAGAGUGCACACUGAAGUUUUUUUUUGUUGAAUACUCAGUACCACAGUUCCAGUGUUCUGGGUACAAUCCUGACGUCCAGUAUUGUCUGUGUGAAACUGACACAUUCUCCUUGUAACCAGGAGGGUUUCUUCAUGUUUCCUCGCACAUCACAAAUAUGUGCAGAUUAAUUUUUCAUAGUAACCUGUCCCUUUGUGUAAGUGAAUGUUAUAAUCUGGGGAGAAUAAAUAAAUGAGUGCUUCAUAGUUGGUGAGUAGAUGGUCCAGUGUCUAUGUGACAUGCCUCUGCCUGAGCUCUGUGUCUCCCAAAUAGAACAAUAGAGGGGAGAAAGAACAGAUUAAAUUUGUGCAACCCUAUUACCUAUUUCAAGCAUUUUAAAGAGCACAUGUGGAAAGGGUUUUUCUUCAAUUUCUCUCCAUAGCAAGCUUACUGAUACAAAUUCCAUACCAAAUGUGUAUCACAAUGAAAUCUCUAACCUAGGCACAUGAUAGUGUCCUUAGGAGUUACAUUUCAGAGUUAAAAGGUGGUGCUGCUAUAUAUUGGAUUGAUUUCAAGUGAUUUUCUUUCAUAUGCAUUGGUUUAAAUGUAUUUCAGGCCACUUUUUAAGUUUGGAUUCACAUUGCCUUGAAUUUGGUAUGGAGCCAACAAUACAUUCUCGCCAACUCAAUGGAGUGAUAAUGGGUGUGAUCCUUAUUUGUUUCAAUCAUAAUUCCAGCACUACAGUGGAGGUACAGAUGAUAAAAUAUGCACUGACUUACAGUUCAUUUUUAAAGAAUUGACAAAUUUUAAGACUAUUGAAUGGAAGGCUAGGAGGAAUUAGAUUGAAAUACCAUUUUUUUACAUUUUAUUUAUAAAUGUUGAAAUAUGAAUAUAUUAAUUACACAAUAGACCAAUGCCAAUUUAUUCUCUUGUCUAUAAAGUUGUAAAAAUAGGAAAAAGGUUUAAUAAGCUAAACAGGUUAUUCUAUGAUUUAAUUUAGUAACUGUUAACUUCUGAGGGGAUUUAACAGUCACAAAUUGAUUUGAGGAUUUCAUGCAGAGAUGUAGAGCUAUAUCUGAAAGGGGAAAAUUAUAUUAACAUUAUUGGAAAUAUUUGUUACUCAUCUAUUAUUUUCUGUUUCUAGUCAGACAAUAACUAUAAAGACAUAAAAUCUGUAAAUACAUUAUAAUUUGGGGCACUUAACUCCUAAUAUGGUUGAAUGCAUUAACUAGGAUAUUGACAGAAGAACUCAUUUACACUGGUUGUAUUUUUUUUUAUUAGCAAACUGUUCCAAUUGGUAAUUAAUUUGUAUGGUACACAAUCUGAAAGUUUUGUGUAAAUGUUUAAAUGGUUCAAUUUAUAUCAAUUCAACUUAAAGUGUCAGGGGUUCCCAACCUGGCGUCCAUGGACUGCUCGGUUAAUGUUAUGGGGCCAUAGCAUUGAUAAAAGGUUGAGAGCCCCUGAUAUAGAUGUUCCCUUCCAACUGUAUUAGCAAUGGAUCCUGGCUGAGGAAUUCCAUGUGUGUGAUACUGAUACUUAAUUUUGCUUGGUUCAUAUGUAUUAAUAUAUUUGUUAUAAAGUUUUUAGAUCAUGGAUUUAUCAUGGUUUCUCCAAAUUAUUUUAAUUGAUAAACAUUAUCAUGGAAAAAAUAAAUUGUGUUAUUCACUUAUCUUAUUUGCAAGAGAUUUGAGGACAUAGCUAACUGUAACCUGUUUAAACUGAAUGGAUUCAAAAA